AUGAACCGGUCCCCUGUCUGGGUUUGCUCUUAUGAGGGAGUAAGUGUAACCAACCCGGGUUCAACCCGGAUAUGGGUUGACUGGGUUAACCGGGUUGUUGAAAUAACACGACCUUUUAUUGAUAGCUUUGUUGGUGUUGGAGCUCCAGUGACUUUUGCUAGAGUUUUUACAACUGGUGACCUCACUAGAAACAAGGGCUUUUCGGCAGUCGAAGGCGGUGAUUUGCAUCUUUCUCAACUCAAAAUCUUCCAAUGGCACUGUGCGUUCAAAAAGCAUCUUUCUUUAAACUCUAAAUCAACCUCAAAAUGGAAUUUUCACGUCUUCUUGAGUUUUAGGGGUGUAGACACUCGCAAAGGUUUUACAGACCACUUACGAGAUGCUCUACGUAGAAAAGGACUCAGACCAUUCAUUGACGAUGAAGAGCUUCCAAGAGGAGAGGUGAUCUCAGAGAAACUCGAUAAAGCAAUUGAGGAUUCUCUCUCAGCAAUUGUCAUUCUCUCUGAAAACUACGCUACUUCUCCAUGGUGUUUGAAUGAGCUUCAAAAGAUUCUUGAGUCUAGAAAUGGAUUGGGGCAACUAGUUCUUCCAGUCUUUUAUGGUGUAGAUCCAUCUGAUGUAAGACAUCAAAAAGGAAGAUUUGGUGAAGCUUUUGCCAAGCUUGAAGACAGAUUCAGAGAAGAUCAGCGCAAAGUGCAGAAAUGGCGAGAUUCUUUAAUAGAAGUUGCAAACUUAGCUGGUUGGAAUUCCGAAGAUUGGCAUGAAACAAAACUUAUUGAAGAUGUGGUUGAAGCAUUAUCAAGGAAAUUAGAUUCUAAUUUGCCGUCUCUCAAUUAUGAUACGCUUGUGGGAAUGGACUCUAAAUUAGAUGCAUUUCAUUCUCUCGAGUAUAGGAUCAGAUGAGGUUCAAUUUGUCGGCAUAUGGGGUAUGGGCGGGAUCGGUAAGUCAACUCUUGCUCAUGUUGUCUAUGACAGAUUGAGAAACCAAUUUGAAAUUAGUUGUUUCCUUGGCAAUAUAAGGGGGUUUUGUGAAAGAUAUGAUGAUGAUAGCCAUCUUCGCUUACAAAAGAAGCUUCUUUCACGUCUUAACAUGAAAGGAAUGGUAAUUGAAAAUACAUAUCAAGGAAAGAACAAAAUCCGAGACCUUUUUCGUAAUGGAAAGGUUCUUCUUGUCCUUGAUGAUAUAAGUUCCAUUAGUCAAUUAGAGAAUUUGGCAGAAAGCAAAGACUGGUUUGGUAAUGGUAGUAGAGUGAUUAUUACAACUAGAGAUGUCCAAUUGUUGGCAUCACAUGGAGUGGAUAAUACUUAUAAGGUUGAAAUCUUGAACAAUGAAGAAUCACUUGGACUCUUUUCAAGCAAAGCUUUCAGAAGUGAUCAACCUAGAGAGGGAUAUUUGGAAUUGUCCACAUCCAUGGUUGAUUAUGCUGGGGGCCUUCCUUUAGCACUAAAAGUUUUGGGGUCCUUUCUUUAUGGAAAAAGUGCACUUGAAUGGAGAGAUGCUUGGGACAAAUUGGAGCAAGUUUCACAUGAUGAUACUCUUAAGAUACUUAAAAUAAGUUAUGAAGGGUUAGAUGAGGAAGAAAAGACAAUAUUUUUGGAUAUCGAUUGCAUUUUUAAGGGAUGGGACAAAAAUAAAGUGAUGCAAAUAUUGAUAAAUUGUGGUCUUCAUGUAAGACUUGGAAUAAAAGUUCUUAUUGAGAGGUCAUUGUUAAACAAUGGCAUGCAUUUAGAUAUGCAUGACUUGAUUUAAAAAAUGGGUAGGAGUAUUGCUUUUUCAAAAUGCCCUAGCAACGGUAACAAACGCACGCCCAAUAGGUUGUGGUCUAUGGAACUCUUAAAUCGAUUACAAGGAAAUAAGGUGAGUGUUCAUAUUAAAUUUGUUACAAGAUUUUAGUGAAUGCAUGCUAUGGGCUUGUUUGGUUCUGUUUUCUGUUUUUAUAUUUUUAAAAUAAUUCUGUUGAACAGCUUUUCAGAAUAAGCUUGGGAAACAAACAAAUGAAAAAAAAACUUUUUAAAUCAUUAUUUUGAAAACAUAUCUAAAUUGGUGAAAUAAGGGUUAAAGAAUAAUUUAUUUUAUUAACUUAAUUGUCAUUAUUGAAAGUAUGAUGUUCUUUUCCUUUUAUCUAGUUUUGUAGAACAAAAAGUAACAAAACAUCUAAAAAAUGUUCUCUCUCUGUUUUUUUUUUUAGUUCCUCAGAAUAACUUUUAAAUUUUUUGUUUUCAAAACAGAUAAAAAAAGCACAUUUUCAAACAGUUUUUUUUUCAUUCUUUUGUUUUUCAAAACAAAAAACUAUUCUGAAAACAAGUAAUCAAAUAGGCCCUAUAUUUCUUACUUUCUAAUAAUUAAUUAUGGUUUUUUUUUUCUGGCGUUUAAUAUUGUUUAGCAGGGAAUGGAAGUAAUCCAAGGGAUAGUUUUAAAGGAAGGAAAGCCAUGUGAUGUAGAUUGGGAUCUUGAAGCCUUUUCAAGAAUGUGUGACCUUAGAUUACUUAUUAUAUCAAGUAAUUUGAACCUUUCACAUGGCCUCAAAUGCCUUCCUAGCGCCUUGAAAGUUCUUCGAUCGAAGGAAUAUCCUCUUGACACUCUUCCUCCUGGAAGCCAGCUAGAUCAACUUGUAGAUCUUAAAUUGCGUUACAGCAAAAUAAAGCAACUUUGUAAUGAAGGAUAGCUAAUUACUUUAAUGUUUGGUAGCAUUGGUGAAUUUGAAUUUGAAUUUUAAAUUUAAAA